AUGAACUCUGCAGCUCAGGAACCUCAUGGCUUUCUUAAACGCCUGUCCCGGGAACUUAGAGUCUUUGAGCCCAACCAUCCUUCCUUUGAUGACUUCCAGAGGCUCGGAAUUCAGGUAUCCCAAGUGGCGACGGUCGAGAACGAAGUCAUCCAAUUUGACCCAUGCUUCUUUCUUCCGCACUCAGAAAGACUCCUCCAGAAGUAUCCGGUCGAAGCCGACCCCGAGACCCCGAGACCCACGACGCCGCCCAGGCUGAAUGCAGUUCCAACCUUCGAUCAACUUGUGGAAGAGUUGCAGGGGCGGCACUACUCGGACCAAGAACAUGUCCUAAAAGCGUCAAAACGUCACUACGAGCGAUAUCAAAAGUUACAAUUUGACAAGAACUGGUACAAGCAAGGCCUAAUGAUACAGGAGCACAUCGACUGGCAACUUCAUACGUACAGAAACAUUCAGCCAGGGAUAUAUUGCCUUUGGGACUUUGGAGGCCUGAGAUCCUUCUACCCAUCGUACAAAAAAGGAGAACCUCAACUUCGCUCUGGCUGGGCUAAAGGUUGGGACGUAAAGUCUACAUUGCGAUACAGCACUCGCAGCGGCACAUUCAGGCCUCGCAUGAUCAUAUCAUGUGUUGCGGAUAUUGCCAUCAACGAUACAGACCAAGGCCUUACUACCCCCGAGUUAAGAGCAAUAGUGAACAUGAUGCUCAUUCGAGUGAAUAACAGACCCUUUCAGAACUGCCAUAUUCAUCCAAUGCUGGUUCUCUCUUUCCUGGGCCAACAGAAGGGGAGAAUUAUUCAAGCCGUGUACGAUGGCGAAGGUUUCACCUUACAAUACUCGCAAGUAUGGACGUUUGAAGACCCACAGACUGCGCCUGUGGAAAUGUUCGUUCGGUAUAAUUUGGCCCAGCCGGUUGGCCUGGAGAUGGCUACUCUCUGUGUUAGAUAG